GCCCGGGGCUCUCGGGCAGGGAUGGGGAGGGAUGGGCGGGCAGGACAGCGGGUCGGAGCUAGGGCGGUGCACCUUCGUGGCGUUGCGGAGGGGCUGUGCUGCUUUGGGCGCUUCUUUUCCCCGCGCUGACUGCUUCUUGUGAGGGAAGGGGGGACGGGGGUGCUCGCCACGGCCGGGUCUUACUGUGCAGGCCUGCCCUGUCUCUCCUGGGGGUGUUGUGUGAGGAUGGGGCUCCGGGAGGUCUCUGUGCCGGUGCCUAGCUCGGCUCCUCGGCUUUAUGGGGAAAACAGCUUUGGCCUUGGAAGAGCUGACCCCCACUGUGCCUUUUUCAUGUAAAUACUUAUGCUGCUAUUGCAUGCUGAUCCUUAUUGAUUAAAAAGAUGAGUGAAGAUUCUAACAGAAAGCUGGGUAAAAACCAUGACAAGCUCAAUAAAAGAAAGCAGUGUCUGCUCUCCUGAUUCAACAGUAUCUUCUCUUUUAACAAGCUAUAGCACUGACAGCAAUAAUCCAUGCUCAAACAGCUUGAUUCACUACAAGGACAAGCUUUACAGCUCUGCAUCUGAGGCUUUGGAGGCUUAUAUUGAAGAUUUUGAUUUAAGUCUCACAUCUUCAGAAAUACGCACUGGAAAAAUCUGCAUAUUUCAAAGCACUCCCAAACAAGUUAAGUUUUCAAAGCAUCAUGCUAAAGAAAAACAUGCACUGGAUGAUUUUAAACAGCAUGUAGGAUUGGGUUCUCUUGCUUCACCCUCUAGAAUGCAGAGUGAGUGUGACCCAGACUUGAUUAGUCUUGCAACGGAUGAUCUGUUAGCACUUCCAGCAGAUGGAUCACUACCCUUUGUCCAGCAUACUCCUUUUAAAUCAAGGCAUCAAAGUAGUGAGUGGAACAGACGGUCCCUUAAAACAUCUUUCUGCCCUUACCAAACCUCAUCACUCAAUACUGAAAGUGGUUUCAGUCUCCAGGAGGAUGGGAAAGCUGUUGCUCACCAGAAUCCACACAAAGACUUCAGCAAAAAGAAAUGCAAUGUGUAUACACCUGAUAGGUACAAUUCUGUCUCCUCUAAAGGAAGUUUGAGACCCUCGUCUUUUGAAGAGGACACUUUUCCUUUUAAGAAUUAUCCAAGAUGGCUUACCAGUCAGAAGUCCGACUUAAGUGUAUCAGGGAUAAGUAGUAUUCCCAAUUUGCACUACCCAGUAUGGCUUAAGAGUUACAACAUUUUUUCUGAUUCAGCUAAAGAAAGCGAUGGUCAAAAUUUUAAUAUACAAGGCAAAGGUUCCUCUUCACAAGCUUUUGAGAUCCUGAAAAAAAGGCACUCUGUAGAUAAACACAGUUCUGAUUUUUUUGAACAAAAGGGUUGCCUGGGUCUGGGAAGUGAUAACAAAGUAGAAGAAAGUUGCAACUAUGACAGUCCAGAUGCGUGCUUCCCUUUUGAGAACUUGUUUUCAAGGCACACUAAAAAGCCGUUCAGAGAAGACCAGCUUGAGCCACUUACCUCGAAGGCCGACAGAGGUCUGGGGAAUUCAACUGAAAAUUUGUCAAAUAAUCUGGAAAAUGAUGGCAGUCCUUCUACAACAGAUAUACUAGAAGCAGAAAGAUCAUGGGAAAAUGCUCCAGGUGCUUUCAAACCACCAAUGCCUGUGUGCUGUGAGGACAUGGAGAAUGCUCUACCAUUCCCCAAAGCAGAUAUCAUACAUAAAUUCUUGGAAGACUGUUUAAAUGACAAAAAUAAGGAAAAUACUUUUUCUGGAGGUCAUCACCAAAGGCCCCUUGAAGCUUUGAAGCUAAUGUUGUUUAAACUUCAAGAAAUUCAGGCAAGUUUAAACCAGAAUAAAACUGCUGAGCAAAAGGAAGAGUUUGAAAAAGUACAUAACUACCCAGGCGGUGAAAUUCAGUGGGCAAGAUUCAGGAAGAAUGUAAAUGAAUAUCAAAGUGAUGAAGAAAUGGAAUUUGGAAAAAGUAUCAAUAAACAUGGCUCCAAAAUGACUUUUGGAACCUUACGGAUCAAAAGCAAAGGGCUUCGGGCUCCCCAUUGGCAUUUUAAUGCCAAUGAACACGGCUACCUGCUGCAGGGUACUGCCUGGAUUGGAGUAAUUGGUGCAGAUGACAGCGUGGUUACCACAUACAAUGUCACGGCUGGUCAAGUGAUCUUCUUCCCUAGAAACACUGUGCAUUGGGUAAAGAAUGUAGGAUCAGAAGACUGUGUGUUCUUGCUGUUUUUUACAACACAUGAAGAACUUCAGACCUUGGAUGUAGAUGACGCAUUUUUCUCUACCCCAGAGGAUAUAGCAGCUAGAGCAUUAAAGCCACAAGGUGGAGUUAACUUCAUCAGAACAUUCAAGAAACAAGUAGAAGAUCAAGCAAUUAACCUUCCGCCAAACUUAAAUGAGCUUGUACAAAAUGCUACGUAUGUGCAGUCUCCGGACAAACUUGUAUGGCAGUACUUCUACAAUCUCAAAGGGUCAGCAAAAUAUCCUUUUCCAGGAGGAAUCUUCCAGUGGGCUCGCUACCGCAUAAAUGGCACUGGACUAAAUGAAACAGAAAAAAUUUUUAGUGAGUCACUGAACAAGCAUGAAAAUACCCUUACCUUAGCAACUCUCAGGAUAUUCAGCAAUGGACUGGGGCAGCCUCACUUCCAUUUCAAUGCUAACGAGAUGGGUUAUGUCAUUAGCGGCUGUGGACAGGCUGGAGUUAUUCUCUCUGGAGUCACUGCCAACUUCAACAUUGGCAUUGGAGAUGUCAUAUUUUUCCCUGUUGGAACCCAACAUUAUAUCAAGAGCUUAUGUGAUGAGGAUUUGCUUUUGAUUCUAGCCUACAAUACAGGAAACCAGCUGGAAACUCUUCGAAUGAAUGACUACUUCCAUGGAACAGCAGACCAUAUCCUUGCUCAGCUUUUUUGGAAGGAACAGGCUGAGUUUAAGAAGUUCCCAACACCUGCCAAAAAAUCAGGCAAAUAAGCUCUCUUAGCAGUUAAUGGCUACAAGGACUCUUUCACGACCACCAUGUUUCUACCAGCAAUUUUUGGUACCUUUCUUGCUAUUUAUCCAGAGGAGAUGUUCAGAAAAAAAGAAUAAUUUGGGGUUAUUCAUUAUAAAAAGUUAUUUUCUUUCUGUUUUUUUAUAAUGUUUUAUUUAUAGUGCAAU